AAAUGGCAGAAAAAAAUUCCUAAUGAAAUUGUUAUACCUUCCUGUUCAAAAUAUGAAGUAAUUGAUACUAAGUUAAAUACUGAAAAAAAGAGAGAAUUAUCAAUAUCUGAAUCUGAAGAUGAAUGCAAUGAAUGAUGUUAACUAUGAUGAGGAGUUUAUGUAUCAGCCACCCAACAAAAAAAUUAAAUAUGAUAUUGAAAUGAGUACAGACUCCUUUAACUUGAAUGAAAACAGUAUUGGGUUUAUCAACAAAAUUAACUCGACCAAGUCAUGUCAAAAUACUAAAAGUCUUUCCGAUGAUGAGGUAAAAGUAUUGUUAGAGUUAUCAUAUAAUUUUGAUGACGAAGACAACAUUCACAGCAAAGUCCAAACAAUCGAAGAUGUAACCAAGAAUAUUAACGAUUUUGAAAAUAUAUUAGAACCAGUUGAUGAUGUAUGUAUUAAUGAAAGUUUAACAUGUCAAGAAAAAAUAAGCUUAAUUUCAAACUCCAAUCAAGAAUAUGAGUUACCAAAGACUGUGUCUGCGAUUUAUGAACACAAUAAUUAUUUUACUGAUUUAAAAAAUAUUCCAGACUGUGCAGUACAAUUGAAUAUGUCAAUUGUAUCAAAUGAAACAGUACUGGAUGAUAAGAAAAAUAGUAUUUUUUUUGAAGAUCAAAGCUUAUUAUUAAGAAAUAAUUGUUCUGAAAGUAGCAUAUACCAAUGUGAAGAAUUUUUUAACACUGAAAUUGAAGUGAAUAGUGGUGAAUUGCCACAAACUUAUGAAGUUAAUUUUCAUUUUAGAAGUGAUCCUAUAGAAAUAGAUCAAGAUAAUUUUAUUGAUUUAACUAAAUGUGAGAAUGAUGAUGAAAUCAUAAUAUCGGAUGAUGAUUAUACAAUUAUAAUUAAUGAGGAAAUGGAGUGUAAAAGAUUAUUUGAGAACAUAAAUUCUGAAAUAGAAACUAGUUAUGAAGAAUUAACUCAAUUGUCUAUAGAUAACAAUAAACAAAUUGGUAUUGAAAAGUUGAUUAUCCAAGAAUAUAAAUUGAAUGAGGUAAUUAAAUAUGAUGAUGAUGAUCGAAAAAAUAUAUGUAAAAGUUCUCAAACUUUGAACAUUCAAGAAAAACAUAAUAUUGAUCCGUCAAACAUAGUAGAUUUGAUUGAUGUAAAUUGUCAAGAUGAUUCUCAAUCAACGAUUUGUGAUCACGAUUAUUACAACAAAUAUUAUGUAGAUGAUGAAACUAUGUUAGAAAAUGGGUAUGGUACAUCUAAAAUUAAUGCUGAAAAUAAGAAUAUACAUAUUUUAAAAAGAUCCAUUCAAAAUGAAGAUGAAAGGCUUUCAAAGAUUGUUUCUACACCAUUUCUGAAUGAAAAUGAUUUUUUGGAGGUAACAAGAGAACAUGGGAAAAGAUCAGAUCAAGAAGUCAAAUUGAGUAUGUCUACUAAUUAUGAAAAUAAUGAAACAAUAUUUAAUAAUAAUAAAAUUGAUGAACGAUGUGAAAGAAGUUUGUCAUUCAAUUCUAUUGAUGUAAAAAGAGGUUUUGAAUAUUCCAAUAAUGAUUCUGAAAACUCAAAUGAAUCUCUAUUAUUCAUGCCAUCUAGCAAAGAUUUAAAAAAAUAUGGAAUAGAAUGUGAAGAACAUGAAAAAUCUAUUUCCCCAUCUCUGAAUAAUUUAGAAAAUAAUAUCAGCAAUACAAAAGUUGUUCCUCAAUACAAAUCUCUAUGCUUAAAAAUAAAUGAUGUAUCUAAAAAUACAAAUAAUUUUGUAAGUUCUAGUUCUACAAAAGACUAUGAAGAUAAUGUUAAAUAUUUCUAUGAUUGCGAUAUUAGCAGCAUUGAAAAUUCUGAUGAAGAAGAUAAUAUAUUGUUGUCUUUUGAAAAAGAUACUUCAAUUGAUAAUUGCAUUUUUGUUAAAAAUCAAGACAGAUUGAAUGCAACCAAUAAUAUUAAUAAUGAACAAACUUUAUAUGAUAAUGAUUCAAAAAUUCAAGAUUUAAGUUCUUCCUCUGAGAGUUGUAAUAAUUUGAGUAAUGUUGUGGAAACUCCAGUUCCAUUUAUUUAUUCACCUAGUCAUGAUCAUCAGUAUGGUCAGAUUUUAAGUACAAGUAUGGCUAAGAAACAAAUUUUACAUGAUAAACCUGAAGUUUCUAUCUUUAAAAAUGAUAUUCAAUGUUGUACAAUGAAUCCAGCAUCAGAUAGUAAUUUUAAUGAGGAACAACAUUUAGAAGAUUCAAAUGAAAAACAUAAUCAAAACAAUAAAAAUAAGUUAAUUUCUAUGCAUAAGUCAACUAUAAAAAAGUCUCAAAAAUCCUUUAAAAAUAAUGAAUCCGAAACAAUAUCUAAAUUCAAUUGUGAGGAGAUAGCUAAAAUAAAUACAGUUCAAUUCAGUAGUUUUGAUAUGGAUAAAAGUAAUUUAAUUAGUGAGGUUAACAAAAAAAAAUAUUUAGAAGAAAUUAUUAAGAAUGAAAAAUUAUUUAAUAAAUUUGAUGAAAAAUUGGAUAUAAACGAAUCAGUCAUCUCACCUUAUAUAUCUCAGUCUUUAGAUAAAUCUACUAAUUCUCGAAGUGCAUUGGCAAAAAAAGCAACAGCAGAUAUAAAUAUCCAUGCUAUGAGUGAAAAAGCUUUGAACAUAUAUUUAACUCAACAAACAAUGACAUUAGAUGUUUUAGAGGUUUUACAUAAGUCUUUAGAUACAUGUCCAUCAUCUGGUAUAUUGAUGCAAGACCCAGAAGGGUUAGUUGUGUCUCUCAUGCCACAUCAAAAACAUGCUAUUGCUUGGCUAAGUUGGAGAGAAAGUCAAGAGCCAUGCGGCGGAAUACUAGCGGAUGACAUGGGUUUAGGUAAAACGCUCACCAUGAUAUCAUUGGUUUUGAAAGAAAAACAAGACAGUUUAUUAUCAAUGGUGUCUAUUGACAACAGAAGCACUGAUGUUAUAAUUGGUGGGACUUUGAUUGUUUGUCCGGCAUCCUUAUUGAGUCAAUGGGAAAAUGAAUUUAAGACCAAAUUGAAACCAGGAUUGUUAAAAGUUGCCCAGUUUAAUAGCAUAAAUAGAAAUAUAGUUGCUAUAGCAUUAGCUAGAUAUGAUGUUGUAAUGACAUCAUAUAAUAUAAUAAUGUGGGACUACAAAAAAAAAAAAUGUUUCUGUUAUCCAUUAUUCUUUAUUAAAUGGAAGCGAAUCAUAUUGGACGAGGCUCAUCAAAUAAGAAAUAAAAAGACACAAACGUCUUAUGCUGUUUGUAAGACAAAAUCUAUGUGUCGGUGGGCUAUAACAGGAACACCUAUUCAUAAUAAAGAAGCUGAUUUCUUUACUCUUCUAAAAUUCAUUCGUUGUCAUCCAUUUGAUGAUUGGAAUGUCUGGAAGAGGUGGGUUUGCAAUAAUGAUGAUGCUGGGAAACAUAGAUUAUUCCUGCUCGUUAAAACAUUAAUGCUUCGUCGAACAAAACGAGAACUUUCCAAAUACACAACAUUCAAAAUACCUAUUAAAAAUGUUCAUGAAAUUGAAAUUGAAUUAUCAAAAGAAGAACGAAAUGCUUACGAAAAAGUACUUCAAUUUUCAAGUAAUCUUUUUGCUACAUAUUUAUACGAUAAAGCAGCAAAAGAAAAAGUAUUUGACUCUAAUAUCAAAGUACAAAGUAAAGUUCAAUAUUUUCAAGAACAAAGUCAAGAUUAAGACAAAAUUUUCAAAGAUCACCCCGAGUUACUUAUGUUCAAAAAGUUUAAAAAUAUUGAGGAAAUACAAACACAUCAUAUAUUGGUAUUACUUUUAAGAUUGAGACAAAUUUGCUGCCAUCCAACUUUAAUUAAAGGACCUAUAAACGAAGGGAAUAUUAAUGAAGAUGUAGAGAGUAUCCUAGAAGAUUUUAAUGAAGUUAGUGAAGGUGAUUCAACUAUUAGUGAUUCAUUUUAUAAUGAAAUCACCGAAAUAGUGGACUGUCCAAACAUUAUUGACUUAUCAAGACUUAUGAGUCACCUUACACUUAACGAAGAACCUGCUAAGAAAAAUCCUGAGUUAAACAGUGACAAUAACAUUUUCAAAAAAACUUGGAUUUCUACCAAAAUAAAAGUUAUUUGUGAUUUGGUAAAAAAAAAUAUAUUAAUCGGUGGAACUGAUAAGGCCAUAAUUGUUUCGGAAUGGCCGAGCUUUUUAUAUUUAAUAAGGAAAAAUUUGGGUCAUUAUAAAACAGAAAUGUUUUCUGGAGCAAUUCCUAUCGUAAAAAGGAAUAAAAUCAUUCGGGAAUUUAAUAACCUGGAUGGAGGACCACAGAUUUUAUUGCUGUCACUGAAAGCUGGAGGUGUUGGUCUUAAUCUCAUGGUGGCAAAUCAUUUGUUCCUUAUGGAUGUUCAUUGGAACCCUCAAAUGGAAGCACAGGCUAGUGACAGAGUAUACAGAGUAGGCCAAAAAAAAACGGUGAACAUAUAUAAAUUUAUAUGUUCUAAUACGAUUGAAAAAAGAAUACUCGACAUUCAGAUUAAGAAAUUACAGAUCGCUAAUAAUUUAUUUGAGGGUACCAGUGCAAUUACAUCCAAAAUAACAUUGGAUGAUUUAAAACAGAUUUUUCAAUUCCAGUAAAUACAUUCAACUAUUUUUUCUUAGAAAAUUAUGUUUAAUAUUAAGUUUAUACUUUAUAUUUCUGAAAUUUAUUUUGGUUGAAUGUCAUAUUAUUAAAUAGAUA